CGAAAGUUGACGGAUGGAUCGAGCGAGGGUCGCUGCUUCCAUUGAUCAACUUUCUUCGAACAUCCCUGACAACCAAACAUGGCCAUCGACGCUGCUUUCCUCGACGUCAGUGCCGACUCGGCCCCGCUCCACCCAUGCACACUGAGCUGGGACAACCUCAACUUCAAAGUGACCGCCGGUAAGGUUAACAAACGCAUUUUGCGCGACAUCAGCGGCCGUUCUGCGCCUGGCCAAGUCACCGCCAUCCUGGGUCCGUCGGGCAGUGGCAAGACGACGCUGCUGGACAUCCUCGCCGACCGCGUGUCGAGUGGCAAGAUCUCGGGUGACAUUGACGUCAACGGCAAGCCUCGCGACAAGCACUUCCGCCUGCUCGCGUCGUACGUGGCCCAAGAAGACUCGCUCUUGGGUUCGUUCACGGUGCUGGAAACCCUUCGGUACGCCGCCAAGCUCAGCGUGGCGUCGACGGUGUCGGCCAUGGAGUGCGAAAGUCGAGUCCAGCAAGCCAUCAGCGACAUGGGGUUGCGCUCGUGCGAGGACACGAUCGUCGGCGACAUCUUCCGCAAGGGCCUCUCUGGCGGCCAAAAGCGUCGCCUCAGCAUCGCCAUCGAGCUGCUCAGUCACCCCACGAUCCUAUUGCUAGACGAGCCCACGUCCGGGUUGGACUCGGCGUCCACGUUUGCGCUGGUCCAGUACAUCGCCAAGCUGGCCAAGCAGAACCGCACGAUCGUGUGCACGAUCCACCAGCCCAGCUCGGCGGUGUUCAACCUCUUUGACAACGUCAUGAUUCUGUCGCAAGGCCGCACCGCGUACUUCGGGUCGCCGCAGCUCUCGAUAGCCCACUUUGCCAACCUUGGCCACCCGUGUCCGCCGUUCACCAACCCAGGCGAGUUCUUUCUCCAGCUCGUCAAUACUGACUUUGACGGCCACGAACACCCCGCCGUGAUCGCCAAGGGGUUUGCCGCCAGCGAUAUGCACAAGAUGCUGCGUGCCGCCAUCCAAAAGGACCGGGAAUGCCUCGGCAGCCUCGCGUUUCCCAAGGCAAUUUUCUCCACGGACCUGCGGCCGUCGGCGCUGGACCAGCUCAAGAUGCUGUUGCACCGCAACUCAGUCAACAACGUGCGCAACCCCGGCGUGUACGGCGUGCGCCUCGUCAUGUACAUCAUGCUGUCGCUCAUGGUCGGCAGCGUGUACGUGGACAACACGAGCGAGCAAGACCUGACGGCGCUGCUGUUUUACGUCCAGGCGUUCCUUGUGUUUAUGAGCGUGGCCGUGCUGCCUUUCUUCAUCGAGCAGCGCGUCGUGUUCAACCGCGAGCGCGCCAACAACUCGCUUAGCGUCGGCAGUUAUGUCGUGGCCAACUUUUUGGCGGCACUGCCUGGCAUCUUGGUCAUCGCGGUGGUGUCGUCCGCCAUUGUCGUGGGGCUCGCCGGGCUCAACUCGUUCGGGUACUUUGUGCUGAACCUGUUUUUGAGCUUGGUCGUGGCCGAGUCCCUCAUGCACGUGCUGGGCGCGACGGCGCCCCACUAUAUCAUCGGCAUUGCCUUGGGCGCCGGAGUGUUUGGUAUGUUUAUGCUCGUCGAAGGCUUCAUGGUGCCGUACCAGUCGAUCCCCGCGGGCUGGCGGUGGGUGCAUUACGUUGCAUUCCACAGCUACUCGUUCAAAGCGUUCAUGUUCAAGCAAUUCAAACCCAUGAACACGACCGCGUCUCGGGCGAUUCUCAAGCGAUUCGACGUUGAAGACGUCAAUGUCGACGGGUACAUGCUCGUGUUGGUCGCGUACGCGUUGGUGCUGCAGGCGUUGUUUACGUUCAUCUUGUGGAAGUGGCACACUGGACGUCGUUAGAGCCGUAGAAAUCUAAUACUUGUAUACUUCUGCUUGCCUAUCAGUCGC